UUCGGAUGCCCCCGCCCUAGGGCCAUGAUUCCCUGUUUGGGGCUCGUGCCCCGAAGGGGUUUUAUCUUGCAUCGUCUACUUAGAUGCAGUAUUCCCCUCUGCAUUCUUUGUUCUCUGUAAUUCCGAGACUCUCGACGCCAUGGACGCUCACGAGUACGAUGCUGAGAAGAAACCUCAAGCCGAGUCAACCACCGCUCCUGUCGAAGAGGAAGAGCCCACCAAACCACACGGUUUCUUCGCUCGAGUUCGCUAUUAUGAAAAACUGCUGGACCGCAAGUUGGGGAUCGAAUCCAACAGUCUCGACAGAGUGCAUCCUGAAGGCCGUCAUCCGCCCAAUUCACUCGCCAUGGCCUUUAUGUGGGCUUCGGCCACGAUGAACAUCAGUUGUUUCAGUACGGGCUUUUUGGGAAAGGAGUUUGGGCUGUCGCUGGGGCAGACCAUUGCCAUCACCAUCUGUGCAACCCUGCUGGGUGCCUCUGUGACGGGUUGGUGUGCUACAAUGGGCCCAGGUACCGGUCUCCGUCAGGUCGCCAUCUCUCGAUAUUCGCUAGGCUUCUACCCUUCGUCUAUCAUCGCCGCAUUGAACGUGGUCGAACAGUUGGGAUGGGCUUCAGUCAGCUGCAUCACUGGCGGUCUUGCCCUCAGCGCAGUCUCGGAUGGUCGUCUAUCUAUCGCAGUGGGAGUGGUCAUUGUUGCUUGCGUCAGUUUUGUCUUUAGCUUCAUUGGACUGAAAGGAGUCAUGAUGUACGAGCAGUAUGCCUGGAUGCUUUUCUUCGUCAUCUUUGUGAUCAUAUACGGCGAAUCAGCACACCGCGCCAACCUUGCAGCUCCUGCUACAGUGUCAGGACUGACAAAGUCAGGAAAUGUCCUGAAUCUGAUCAGCGUUGUCUACGGCUCUAGUGCGUCGUGGAGCUCGAUUGUUUCCGACUUUUACGUGCACUACCCCGUAAACACCCCCAAGAUCAAAAUCUACCUCUACACAACACUUGGUAUCACAAUCCCGACUUGUAUUGGAAUGCUGCUCGGUGCUUGUAUCAGCUCUGCUUUGGAUACCAACCCUGAAUGGGCAGCCGCCUACGAUGAUGGGAUUGGUGAGAUUCUGAAAAUCAUCAUCUAUCCAAGGGGAUUCUCCAAAUUCCUCUUGGUUCUCUUGGUAUUGUCUGGCAUUGGCGUCAACUGCAUCGCCAUCUACUCCGGUGCUCUCUCCGCCCAACUCUUCGCCAAACCAUUCGCCAAAGUCCCCCGAGUAAUCUGGUCUACCCUCGUCUUCAUCUGUAUUCUCCUCAUAGGCAUCGCCGGCCGAGACUACCUCCUCGACGUCCUAGAGAACUUCCUAUCACUACUCGGCUACUGGAACACCUCAUUCUUCGUCAUCGUAUUCACAGAGCACUACCUCUUCCGCGGAGGCAAUCUAGCAAACUACGACCUCGACGCCUGGAACACCCCAUCCAAGAUGCCGGUUGGGUACGCGGGAUUAACUGCUUUCCUGUGUGGCGCUGCGGGAUGGAUCGUUGGAAUGGUCGAAACAUACUACAUCGGUGCUGUUGCUGCUAUGAUUGGCGCUGAUGGAGGAGAUGUUGCCAAUCAGUUGGCUUUUGUUUUUACCAGUGGUUCGUUUAUUCCGCUGAGGAAGUUGGAACUGAAAUAUGUUGGACGUUAGACGAGUUGUGUAGUCAUUGAUGACACCUUUAUGCUUUCAACCAGCUUUGUUUAUGUCUGGAUCCGUAAGAAUGUUCAAUCAGCCACGAAAGUAAGUAGUCCUGCUUCUCAUUCAUUAUUGCAACAUUCCAAAAUAUACUUCCGACUGGACGG